CAAAGCAGCAGCACUGCGUCAUAUUUUUCUCAAACCAGUCGCGAAGUCACGGCGAGUACGAAGGCCACAAACAAUAAUUUGUAAUUAAACUAAAAUGAUGAAACAAAUUUAACAUACCAUACGAAAUACAUUCUAUUCAUCUGUUAAUGGAUUUUAUUUACAUCACAGUAUCAAGAUGAAUCAUUCACGGCGAACAAAACGCGGAAUACUCCAAAUUGGAAACAAAAACAUCUUCAUCUACGAGGGCAUAAAUAUUGUUGGGCGAAGCAUGCAAGCAGUAGUAAUUUUAAGGGACCUAGUCGCAAGUCAACAACAUGCUAUCUUUACUAUUAUCAAUGAUGCCCAUUAUAUCUCUGAUGUUAACUCCACAAAUGGCACUAAACUUAAUGGUACCAACCUAUCACCAUUUCAAAUGUAUCUGCUGGAAGAAGGCAGUGAAAUUGAAUUCACUCCACAAUUUAUUGGAAAGUACAAGAAGAUACAUGAUAAAAAUUCAUCACAAAUAUAUACUCCACAAUAUGAAUCUCAAAAUACACAGACAGAGGAAGGUUUUUAUGAAGCCAGCACACAAGUGGAAAUGGUUGACAAGACAAAAGCUAUGUUCAAUGAUGACAUGGAUGAUGAUUUAUCAAAGAUGGUCAUUGAUACACAAAUGAUUAAUGAUUCCAUGAUUGGGAAGAAUAAACCUGCAGCUCCAGAGGAAAGUAUACAUGAAGCUGAAACCCAGUUGAUGGUAAAUGUUCCAAGUAUUAAUGAGGCACCAACACAAUUGGUCACUAAGAGAUGUUCUGUUGUAAGUGCAUUUGUGGAUUCUCAAUUUUUUGCUGGAAAUACUCAACAUGUUGAAAUUGCAAUGGAACCAUCUGGUGAUAAGUUAGAUUUGAAUGGUGAUGCCCCAAAUUCUAUUGAUGAGGAAUCCAGAAAUAUUCCUACUAAUGAAAUAGGUCCUGAAACAUCAACUACUCAGCCACUACCUUUGACUAAUGUUUUGGAAAAUGAAAUAACAGAAGAAAUUGUAAAAGCAGUCCCACAAUCAAGUCAAUUAGCUACAGAUCUUACUGAAGAGGAGUCUUGUUCAAAUGAACCUGGGGAAUGUUCAGAGAAAUUAAGAAAAAUUAAUGAAAGUAUAUCUGCACAAUCUGAUAAAGCUGAUUCUCAAGCCCAAACACAAAAUUCUACCGAAAACAGUUUAAAUUUAAAAUUGUCACUAACACAAGAUAAAGAUAAUGAUAAUGGGAAUAAUAGUAAUGUUUCUGUAGGUUUAAAGUCAGGUAUGACUCAGUCUACUUUAGAGUUGCUCAAUGAAUUUGCUAAAUCAAGAAAGGAAAAAAGUAUAACUGGAGCAAAUUCUGAUGAAGAAGUGCUUGAGGAAUCGGAGAUUUUACCUAAUGAUGGAUAUGGCAGUGAUGAAUCUAUUGAUUUCUUAGCAGGAAUGGGUAAUUCUACUUUAGAAACUAUUAACGCAUAUGCUAGAAUACUAAAUGAAAGAAACAAAAUCGAAAAUUCUGAAAAAGAAGCAAUUGCGGAAUCAGCUAAGAUUUUACCCGAAUCUGAUGAUGAAGGCAUUGUUAAACAGAAAGUUAGGUCUAGCGUGCGGAGAAGUCGAUUCAUCAUCAGUGAUUCUGAAGACAGUGCUGGAGAGGAAGUAGAAACUAAGAUCACAGAACCUAAAACUAUAGAGAAUUCUGUGCUAUCAGAUUGUGAGGAUUCAUUUGUAGCAAGAAAAUCGAUUGGUAACGCAAGUCUUGAUUACAUACCAGCCACGCAGGAUGCUUCAUUUUCACGGACUAGUGAUGUUGCUUUCAAGUUAGGAUUAAGUCGUGUUCAGGAAUUAUGUGAAUCCGGUGAUAUUUCUGCUUUGCAAAUAAGUACAACAGAAAAAGAUGAAUCAGUUAUAAACGACAGCGUUGUAGGAGAAAAGGUUAAUAUGCCAAAUGAAUCUCUGCAUGAUACACCCAGGAAAUCAUUUGAUAAUGAAUCUCAAGAAUUUGUUGUACAAAAGGCCAAUUCUAAUGUUGUUCGCGAUACAGAAUCAACUGACUUUCUUGUCCCAACUCAACCAAUUUGUAAACGAACUCGAUCGUCAGUUGGCUUAAAUUCGUCCGAUUUAAUACCUGCCACUCAAGAUGUGUGCGAUGAUGUUGAUUUUGACGCUCCUACACAGCCUAUACUUAAAACUAAGCCAGGUGUGGUUCAAAAUGGUAUGGUUGAUGAAGAUGUAGAUUUUUCGGCACCUACUCAACCAAUUAUUGCUUCUGAAUGUAAUGCGUUGACUUUUGAUAUCGAGAGUGAAGUAUUUUGCAUGCCUACUCAACCCGUUGCGGAAUUUGCAAAGUCAAAAAAAGGAUCACGCAAUUCGUGUAAUACUAGCAAACUUACUCAGUCAGAGAAUUUUGAUUUUGAUGCACCUACUCAGAAAUUGUGUGAUAACGUUUUCGACGCUGCGACACAGAAGUUAAAAAUGUGUGAUAACGUUUCUAACGCCGAAACGCAGAAGUUGAAUGAUGUUGAUUUUGAUGCCCCCACACAACAAUUAGAAGCUCAAGCACUUUGUACAGAACAAGAAAAAGAUGAUAUUGAUUUUGAGGCCCCAACGCAGCCUAUCAUACAACCAGCUAAAGUGGUUCCAGUGCCACACAUAGAAGAAGAAACUGAUUUUGAAUCUCCCACUCAACCGAUAAUGCGCAAUGAUAAUGAUUGUGCUAUUAAUGAACCCCAUCAAGUUAUGAAAAGAGUUCAAGAAAUUGAAAGUCAACUGGAAGUCUUGUUUGAAACGCAAAAUGUUACGCUAUCGACCGCAGAUAGCUCAAGACCAACAAAUCCUUUAGCAAGUUUAAUAGAAACAUGUUCCACUCAAGAUGUUAUCAGUAGUUUAACUGGAGGAGGAACAAAACGCUCAAGUGAUGAAUUUGACGUUAAUGGCCAAUCAAAACGAGCUAAAACAACAGCAACUCCAAAAGCGAAAACAACAAGCAAACGGAAAAGUAUUGAUACACCUGAAUUAGAUAAUAGUCGAAAAUCUUCCAUCAAAGAUAUGGAUGUAACUAAUGCGAAUAAAAAUAAGUCGAUUUUAGACUUUUUCGGGAAAGCAAGUUCUACCAUGAUCGAAAAUUCCAUAAAUGGCAAGGUAUCUUCUAAGUUAUCUAUGAUUAAGAAGCAAAUUGCAACUGAUGUGCUAGAUUCGGUAUCUAAUGUUGAGGUUGAAUGUUUGGCAGACACAAUCCCAAUGGUAGCAAUGGAUAGCACUGAUAAUUUUAAGCACACCCAGGUAGUAGAAGAUCAGACAAUGACGGCGGAUAAAACAUUAGACAUUACUGCAGCGAGGAAAAAAAAGCGGAAGUUACUAGAUGAAGAAACUAUGUGCUCCAUGCCCACCCCGGAACCUGUUAAGACAAUCGAUCUUACGGACGACGACAAAAAUGAAAUGAAAUCGACGGAAACUCCAAAGGCAUGUAUUAAAAAAACAAAAACCACGGCGAAAACAAACACCACAAAAAGAAAUACGCGGCAAACUCGCGGUAGUGUCAGAUUCGAAGAAAGUUCUGAUGAUUCGGAUGAAGAGUGUAAAGUUGCUACAAAGAAAACAAGGGGUAGGCCCCCAAAAAACGUUCGUGCAAGUACCCGUGCUAAGAAGAGUGUUAAUUACAAGGAAAAUCACGAGAAAUCUAAAUCAACUCGUAGUCACCAGAAUAAUUCUUCAGAUAGUGAGAAGGAGGACAAACGAAUAAUUAUAACAGUUCCAGAGAAACAAAUUAAACUCGUGAUUACUGAUGAGGAAGACUUGAAGAAGAAAGAAAUUAAAUCUGAUAUUAAGAAAGUGAGUCGAUCUUCGAAAAUUAAAGAGGAAGUAACUAUGUCACCAGAGCGGAGCAAACGAGUUACGAAACCGAAGGUUAUUUUCACGAUGUUGGAUGAUCCAAAACUUAAGCAAAUUGUUCGGUCCCUAGGUGGUUCAAUUGUGGAGAAAAUUGCCCAAAGCACUGUUCUGGUUACGGAGAAAGUGCAACGUACGUUGAAACUAUUGUCUGCAAUUGGUAGAUCAAUACCAAUCUGCUCUCCAGAGUGGUUGAUGGAGUGUAAGAAAGCGCACGCUUUCCUAGAUCCGUGGGACUACCUAAUUAAAGAUCCUGAUGCUGAGAAAAUGUGGAAGUUCAAAAUUGGACAGACAUUGGAAAUGAGUAAGCGCUCCAAGAUAUUCGCGGGCAUUCAAUUUUUGUUAGUUACUACUUUAUCGGUGGAUGUAAUCAAAGGUGGAAUUGAGGCAAAUGGCGGCAAAGUGGUCACUCGCAAACCAGCAAACGACAAUUUUAUUGUUGUCGGUGAUGCUGCGCACCAAUCCAAGUAUGCAACCUACUUGAAAAGUAAAGUGAAGGUUGUAUCGGCAGAAGCGAUUCUUGUUGGGAUUUUAAGACAGGAAAUCGCGUUCGAUGAGUUCGCAUUGAGUUAAAUGGAUGGAUCUAUUUUAUAUUAUAACGUUAUUGUAUAUGUAUUUGUUAUAAAAAUAUCUUUGAUUAUAUUAAGGGUUGUGUGCCCAAAUUGGAACCUAA